GCUAUGUUCAUGUAACUUUUCAUUCGAAAUAGGCGAACCGGAAAAAUGGUUCACAAUAGUGAAAAUUCCACCCAAUGUGGAUGAAAUAAUCCCGGCAUCUCUGAUCAAGUUGGAAAUUUGCGAACAUCGCCGAGUGCGAGGCGCAUUUUGGGAAAAACUCGAAUUGAAUCACGUACGUCGGAAAGAAGAUAUAUACGAUUAUCAACAAUUAUUUUUUUUUACAGUUUCCAGUCGAUGUACAAGAUCUUACAAUUUCAAUCACUAGUGAUCAUCAUUUGGACACGGUUCUGCUUGUCCAAGAUGAAGAUCGUUUUUCGACUAUCAAUCGUGAAGCAUUUUUUGAUCAACAAGAAUGGUCACUGUACGAACAUGUGGCCACGGAAAUACGUCAAACAAAAGAAGAAUAUUCGUUCGAACAUGAAACGGGUAUCGAAGCCAAAAAACAUCCGGUUCUUGCCUUUACUUGUCGCGCAGCUCGUCAACCUGGUUACUACUAUUGGAAUGGCUUUUGCUUGAUUUUUCUUAUUACUAUCUGCGCUUUUUGCAUUUUUGUCAUUUCACCAAAUUUGCCUCAGAGUCGUCUUCAAAUUACUUCAACACUUCUUCUUACUUCGAUUACUUUCCGUUGGGUGGUCAAUCGAUCUUUACCGACAGUUUCCUAUUUGACAACACUGGACAAAUAUGCAAUCAUAUCGAUUUUUAUGCUCGUUCUUCUCUGUAUUUGGCACGCAAUCAUUGCCACAGUGAUUUUUCUGGGAUCGUCCUCAUUGGUCAAUACUCUCACGCCGAAUAAUAUUUAUGUUCGAAUCGAUCGAUACAUCUUCUUUGUUUUCAUUUCCGGAUAUGUUUUCUUCCACGUUGGUCUGAUCAUCUGGCUCAUGUGUGUGCCGUACAAGCGACGUCGUGACAUGGAAACACUCGAUCGUGAAUAUACGAGAAAUUGGCAAACGAAAUUAGAUGAACUCGGACAAUCAUUUCAAGUUUCUCCCUAUCGAAAUGAAACUUCAAAUAAUUAUCGGCGACCAUCAGCUAUGAGUACUCAGUCUCUAUUGAAUAAGUCUCCUCUUGGUCGAUUUGAAAAACAAAAUGACAAUGUUUUUAUCAUGCCAGAUGCUUCAACAUUCGUGCCAAUAAGGGAAGAAAAGCAUGGGACGGUAAUAUCAAAGAACUUCACUGACUUACAUAAUUAAAAUGAUCAAAUUUAUGAGCCGGUCAAAAAAACUCGCCUAGAACUCGUUCGUCACUCAGCUUCUAUUUACUUGAACAAUGAAACUAAGUAAUUCAACGGAUAAUAUUGCUAAUAUUAAACUAAAGAAAAAGUAUUUAGUGAUCAUCACCAUCUAUUUCUGUUUAUCUGUCUAGAGAGAAAAAAACAACAACGAGUGUUGAAAGUAUUGAGGAUCUUGGAUGAGCUAGGAAACUAUAGAAAACAAAAGAGAAAUCAAAUGUCAGAUGUUCUAGCGAUGUUUGCUACUGAAAGCUGAUUUGCUAGUAUCUCAUGGAAAAAAGGAUGAAAGAAAACAGACAAGAACGUGAUGUUGUAAUAUAAAGAUGCGUUAUUAAGACACUUUUAGCGUCCUUUACGACGAACGCGGUUUCGAUAUGAUAAAAAGCAGUUUUUUAGUAAAAAAAAUGCAUUUCUGAUGUGCUAAGAACGUUAUUUAAGAGGAAUGAUUCCUGAGUGGUAAAACGCGUUUUUUCCAAUAAGAACACUUUAUUGUUUUGAAGAAAAAAAGUUGAUCUUCAAAUGUAUCAUGUCUCUGAACGUGUUCCUUCUCUGAUCCGUCUCCACUCUUAGACAAUCCAUUUCUCUUUGAGUAGGAUUUCAUUCUUGCUCAACGAAUUCUUGUGUCAGUAAGUCGUAGUCUAGGGUUCUAGGGACGCGUUCUCACUAGGUUUUUGUUGCUGUAGUGUAGAUUCGACCAAUGGAACUUAUAAUUACUACGAAGCAGUCAAUAUACUACUAUGCUAAACUCACGCAUUUCGUAAAUCUUAAAUUUCCUACUUAUAUUUAAAAAAAAUGAUGUGCUAUUCUGAUAUUUCUACAGCUCCUUACACUAUUAGUAGAAGUAAAUGCUGAAUUUGAGUUCAAAUAAAAAUGUGAUUUGUAAAUUCGAGACCGGUACUUCAAUAUAAAAUUUCACAAAAUACAAUUUAUAUAAUAGUUGAUCGAAAGUUCUGCAAUUACUAUUCUAUAAAAAUAAAAAGGAACUUGAUAUUAGAGUAUGCAUCUAAACAAAAAUAUCCUCUAAAAAAAGCUUGUUAAGGCAACUUCUUUGGGGCUGAAAUGUGGAACUCACCCAAGGUGGAAAGAGCUGAAAGUAGGUGUGGGUGUGGGGUGGAGCGGAUAUGGGUUAGAUAGAAGAGAAGACCCAGAUCCACACCACAAAUCAGACUGAAAAUUUUGAGAAACUGAUUACAGAUUCGGAUUUCUUGAUCCCGAUUACCUUGAUCAAACUUUAUAAAAAAUCAUUAUCUUUAGAAAAGUGCCUUUCCUUUUGAUAAACUCGCAAAGUUUCCGUUGCUAAUCACUAGAUAACGUAAUUGGCGAGUAAAUAUCACUUCUUUGUCCUAUUCGUGGCAGGAAAAACGCUCAUACUCAUAUGAGCACUCAUGAGCGUGAGCUGUACAGUCCCAGUUUCCAAUUUCUUUUUGCUUUCUUUGACUUUUAUUUUACUUUUUUGCACUUUCUGUUUAUUUUUUCUCUUUAUAGAAUAGCAUAGAAAAUUCGGCUCUCUUUUUUACAACACCACGAACAAAAAGGAAAGUUUUUUGAUUUUCCUUUCUUUUUCUGUUAGAAAGUAAAAAGAAAAUAAAACUGUCAUUCUUAGUGCAAGUCUUUAGUCAGUCCAUAGCCAUACUCUAAAUUGAUCUUCAGUUUGACCUAAGUGUUCGCUUAAUUCAUUGUGAUGUUCAUUGAUAUGAUCAAAGCAAAAAUCUUGAAAACAUUCAACACAUUUAACAGUGUUUUUAAGUUUUUUACAUUUAACACAAGAAGUUUUGUCAGUUGCUAUCGUCAUACGAUGAUUUUCUUUAAAAGAAAACAACAAAUGAAAGAAAAUUGAUAACAUAUGAUAUGAACACUAUCUGAGUUCGUUCUUUGUUCAGUUAAUAAAACAAUUCUUACACUAUCAUAGUUUAUCGGUAUUUAUUUCGAUGCCAUCAUGGGAAAUUUCGCAGCAAAUCGUAAUUCAAAUUUCAAUAUUAUAAAUCAAAAUGAAGGAGAUUUCUUUCGUUUUAUUAUGACUUUGUUGAACUCGAUUCUGAAAUCAAAAAUAGAAUUAAAAUUGAAACUUGUAAUGGAGAAUUGGAAAUAUUGAAAAAUCAAUUGGUGUUCAUUUAUCAUUGUAGAAGAAAAAACCUGAUGGAAAAUUUCGUUAAGUGAAUGAAUAUUAUUGAUAGACAUCUCUUCAACAUGAUCACUGUAACAAGCUUCCAUGAACGAAUUUGAGAUAGAAACUAUGCAGUCAGAUAUUCUCAAACAUUAACGAGAACAACGGUGACCAUUCAAAUAAUUUUUCUUCUUCUAUAAACAUUAAUAAAAAAAAUUAAAGAUUUCUUUUGUGAACGUUCGAAGACUCCAAAGAGCAUAUUUUUAUUCUAUUUAUUUACAUGAAAAAAAACAAUGUUGUCUCAUUCGAAGAUGGAUGUAAGUGUGGAUUUAGCUGUGGAUCUUCUUUUCAUUUACCCACAUCUUGACUAUUUUAUUCUGCAUGAUUUAAUUUCUGGGAACUGUUUUAUAUCUCAGUAUUUAAAUAUUUCAUGCUUUUACAUUUUUGCUUUGAAAUCGAUUAUUGAAUGUCUCAAAAUUGCUACUUUUUUUCGCUUCUCUUUUUUCCUCCGUCAAAAUCAGAGGUAUCGCUGUUUGCUUACACUCCUUUCUCGUUAUUUUCUCCUUUUCAUUGUUACGACUCACAUAGGAUGUGUAUGGUAUAGUUGGAUGUGACGGUUGGUAUAGGUAUGACUCUUCUACUCAUCUGUUCACACACCCUACAAUCACAUCCUAGUAGCGAACAAUAACCUAAUUUGAUUUCGAUUAGAUGACAAAACAAAAAAAAAUGAAAGUCAAUAUACUCCUAUAGCUCAAUGACAUUGAAAUGUUCUAAAAUAAGAAUGUGCGGUGUGGGUGAGCGUGUGGAAGAAAUAAGGGGUGACACCAACACCUACAGACUCACAUCCCACCAUUUUCCAGCAGUGUUCAAGGACUGAUAAAUAGGAAUUCCUAAUUUGUAGAGGAAUUGUCAGUGUAGCUAUGAUAAUUCCUUGGGAAAAUGGGAAUUGACCAUUAUUUCCAUCACAGUUCCCUCAUUCAUGAAAGUCAAGAUAAUGCUUUUUUUGCAAUAAUUUUCGUACUCAUACGUUCAUGUGCACAAAUUUCUUGAUGAAAACGAGUGUAAGAGUAAUAAAUACAGUGGAUAUUGUAUUUUUUUAAUUUUAGCAUUCAAGGAAAUGUCAGAGAACUGAGUAGGAAUUCCUAUUCCUCAGUCCUUGGACACCCCUCGAUAUUUUAAGACCUCUUACAGAUUUUGAGAUAGGCGGUCUCCUUCGAAGGUUAUGAUAUGAUGUCUAUAUCGCAAAAAAAACAACUCGCAAAACUACUUACCAGCAAAAGAUAUUUCAGCGAAGGCGCAUGUAGUGAAUUUUGUUUGGCGAAAGUGGGAAGAACGAAGAUGUAGAAUAGCGAAAUGAAAAAUAGCGAUAAUCUUCUAGUCAUGUAGCCAUGCACAUGCUGCAUCAAUCAGUGUAUAGGGUACUUCACUCUGCUUAAUAUUGUUGUCUUUCACGUCACAUUAUUUUUAUACAGCACAACGAUACCAGAGUAUUUACAUUAGAUUGCGCAUUGACCAAGAGAAAGCAAAAAUGCUUGUUCGUUGCCCUUUCUUUUGCAUGCCUAAUCUCUAAUUCUGUUUUUUUUCUACCUCUCACUUCGUUAUAAGUGCAGAAGAGAUGAUAGCGAUAACUUGAU